AUGGAACGAUUGCCAGGUUUACUCGGAGAUAUACUGCCAAGUGAGCAAUCAGACGAGUCACCUGUACUGAAAUCAUUUGAUUUGGCUGGCGCUGCCGAGUAUAUGACCCAUUGUUCGAAUGUUAUCGUCAUGUGUGGUGCCGGAAUAUCGACUAGUGCUGGCAUACCUGACUUUCGUUCACCCGGAACUGGACUGUAUUCCCAAUUAGCGAAAUACGAUUUGCCAUUUCCCGAAGCAAUCUUUCAAAUGGAUUAUUUUUGUCAAAAUCCUAAACCAUUUUUCCUGUUGGCCAAAGAGCUCUAUCCGCAAAAGUUUACACCAACGCCAGCGCAUUAUUUUAUUAGAUUGUUGAACGAAAAAGGCAAAUUAUUGCGCACAUUUACACAGAAUAUCGAUUCUUUGGAACGAAUUGCUGGUAUACCACCAGACAAAAUUGUCGAAGCUCAUGGAACAUUUUUCACUGCGCACUGUUUGAAUUGCCGCAAGGAAUACUCAUUGGAACAGGUUAAAGAAAUUAUUUUCAAGGAUGAAAUUCCUUAUUGUGAUGCAUGCAAGGGCAUUAUUAAACCAGGUAGAUUUCCCUCUCGAACACUGUUAUUCUCAUCCAUAAUUGUUUGA